CUGCAGGUUGCAUGGAGGACACCAGGGCAUCACUUUGUUUGCGCUGUGACACAGCCACGCUGCUCCAAGAGUCAGCUUGGGAAUGAUCAGACAAAAAGCUUCUACAUAAAAAUAGACCAGUGACCCCAAAGUGUAUUUGUGAGCUAUUCAGAUGUUUUCCCAAAAUGCUGGUUUUCUGACAGCUCCUGGUCGAGAGCGGCAGCAGAUGGAGUAGGGGUGCAAGUUCCACAGCUCCCAGCGCAGGAGGUCAGCCAGUGCCUGAGGCCAACAGUGCUGCUCUGUGCCGGGGAUUCCCUCCAGAGCUGCAGUCCAGCCCCUCAGCUCCCUGCGUGAGAGGGUACAGCACUUCAGGGGCUCCUCUUUUCCAUUAAGCAUCGUGCUAACCUGCACUGCCUUACUCUUCUGCAUGGCAUGCUUAGGCUGGAUAGAUGCUUGAGAGGCAGCGUGAGGAGCUUCUCCUGCUCCCAAACACCCAGACCAGCUAGGUAGGAUGAAGGAGGUCCCUAAGGACAUCUCUGCAGCUGCUGGGUGGCUGUGUCUGGCCCCAGCAAGCUGCCCCAGCUCCCCCGGGGAUGCGUGUAUUCUGAACCAGAAAGUAGCUGUCCCUGAAACAGAGACUUCCAAAGGGAAGACAUGUGGUGAGAGGUGUUUGCUCACCACCACAUGAAUCUUCUGGGUCUGCUUUGUUAUCUGUUAUUUAUUGCAGAAGGGAAAAUCAGGCUGUGACUUGGCUGCCCUCCAGCUCCAGUGCCAGGGAGGGAAUGGGGCUGCUCCACGGGUGUCCAUCCAAAAAAGGGCUGUGGACAUCCUGAGGACGGCGUCAGCCACCAGCCACAUGCGCCUUCUUAUAGCCCGCGAUGACGAUGCUCGGAGAGAGUUCUCUGAGCUAUUGGAGAAGUUUGGCUCCCAGAGCAAUACGGGCUCAGCACGGAGCUCGCCAAUCCUGCACAGCGGCAGUCGAUACCUGGAAAGUACAUCCUCAGGCUCCUCCUCACGCUCUCAGAGCCCGCUGCUGCUAAGCCCUGCCAAUUCCCAUGGCCCCUUUGUUGGGAACCCAGCGCACACCCCUCACACGCACUACUCCAUUGAAUCAGGAAUCCAGAGCAUUUCUAUAGCAAAAUCCUCCGGCUUAGGACUGACAGUCAGUGGUGGAUCUAACAGGCUGGAUGGCCCCAUGAUUUAUGUUCAAGAGCUUAUGCCAGAUGGUGACUGUUACAAGGAUGGUCGGCUCCGACCUGGUGACCAACUAAUCGCUAUCAACAGAGAUUCUUUGGUGGGCAUCACCCAUGAAGAGGCCAGAAAAAUAAUUGCAAAAGCCAAAUUCAGACACGAGGGAAACACAGAAGUGGCCUUUAUUCCUGGAAAGGGACGGUUACACCCUGGACUGUCAGUUCAUAAUAACGUCCCAUUGCCACCUCCAAAGGCUGUGGGGAACGGGCUGAGCUCCUGCAGACUGAAGGUCCAUGUGAGGUCCCCAGAGAAUAGACAUGAAAAUCACUUUCCUGUGCCUUCUUUGUCACCGGACAUUUGCCCACCAGAGCUUACUGUCUCAGCACCCACUUCAGAAUCCAAUCAUAAAGCAGCUUCAGGCACCAAACCAAAAGUAGCAUUGGAUCCCCAUAUCCGGCUCAAGGAUGGGAAACUGGAACUGGUUCUGCAGUAUCUUGGUCUGGAUGUGACCGAGGAGAAGAAACGGCAGUUGCGGCAGAGCUUGACCACAGACUCGCAGGGGACGGUGGCCUAUGGAGAUCUCCUCCAAGUGCUCAGGAACCUGCUGCAAGAGGAGCUGGAUGAGGCCGGUCUGGAUUCCAGCUCCAUGGUCUUCACGGAGCAUGAAGUGGCCACUUUGCUGGAUACAUCGGCUUUUCACUCUCUGACCGCUGACUCUCUUGGCUGCAACGACAAUGACGAGCUGGAGCACCUGCACCUGGAAAUGAUGGAACUGCGGCAAGAAGUCCGAAGGCUAAAGUCUCUCCUGAAAGAGGUGGAGAACAGCAAGAAGGCAAUGGAAGAGGAGCUGCAGAGACUGAACCAGAAAGCCCUGGGCUUCCUCUCCGAGAAUCGGACGCUGCACAGCAAGCUGCAGAUGGCAGAGGUCGUGCAGAGACAGGCUCACAGUGCGGAGCAGGAUUAUGAGGAAGUGAUCCACCUGCUGGAAGCUGAGAUUGCAGAACUGAAGAUGCAGUUGGCGGGGAAGAAAGCAAAACACGUCUCUGAAAUAGAGGAGGACAUCCUGGAACUGAAAAGACAGUUGUCCCUGGCUGACGGCCAGCUACGAAAAUCUGAAGUCUCCCGGAAGCGCCUGGAGAUCUGCAACAGGAAACUGCUCCUGUUUGUGCAGAAUGUUCACAAGGUCCUGAGCACACCCAGCUGGUUACCAGAGGAGAAAAGAGUCAACAGUGACACAGAAGAGGAUAAAACAGCUGCAAUCUCAGAUACAUCUCCUCCAUCUUCAGAUCUUGUUGACCUUUUGCUUGCAGAAGCUAAAGAGCUGUUAGCGCAAAUCCUCUCCAACAAGGACGCUCUGCUGUGCGACAGGGACCAGUGCCUGCCUGCAGAAGGAAUCCCAAACUACAAGGACCGAUCACCUCAACUCAACCUGAGUAUCUGCCAGCACAGAUUUUUAGGUGGGUACAUUUGCAAACCACAAUUUCAUAGCUAUGAAAAGCAUUUUCUGACAACAGAAGUGGCCGCUACUACUUUUCUUUCCUAAAAUACCCACUGUUGUUUUCAUGUUAUCCUGUGUCCUUCUCUCAAACCACAUAAAACAUGUUUCUCAUGUUCAGCCAUCUCCAUCAGAAGACCACAUGGCCCCCUCCUCCAAGCCAGAGCAAGACUGACCAACUGAAGCCACCAAGUCCAACCAGCGAAAUGCCUAAGAAGCCUUCAUAAACUUCCCAGGACUUGUGCUCUGAACUGCGCCUGUCUGGAACCUAGCUGCCACUGUGCUGGGACAUGGGAAGGACUAUGGGUGCUUUGCUUCAGCUCCCAGGCAAACCAGACUGAGAAACAAGCUUUCUGAGACGAGACUAAUUUCUCCCUAACCACCCAAAACUUUUUUAGCAGCCUCCCCUGCGCGUCUACCUCUGAGCUCUUUUACAAGGCUUUUUGCUCAUGGUUUUGCAGCUUUAUAGGAAAAAUAUUCUCAAGAGGCUACAAAGGCCUGGAUUUCACUGGCAGCCUUUUAUUUAGAGCUUGUAUUCUGGGUAGUAAGAGGAGCAUGAACUUACCCAAGGGACUUGUGGGUCUCCAGCAGAUUCCUUUUGGUAUUUCAUAUGAAAAACCAAAGCAUAUUUAGUGACUGUAAUCAAAGGAACUUAAUCUGUAGCAUCCUAGCUGUCUCAGGAUAGGUACUUCUUUUUUUAUUCUUUUUGUAUAGCUUGUCCCAGCUGCAACACUUCGAAUGGAAAGCACCAUUGCAGCCAGUUGUUGGAUAGUGUGGGGAUAGCCAGCUGUGUGCUGCUGGUGACACUGUGCUGCUGGACACCAAACACUCCCUGGAAUGCAAGAGAUGACACACAGAACGUAUUUCAGUGAAGGCCUAUGGCAUCACUUGGAAAUGAGAUACAUGUGAUGCAAGAGGGCAUGCGGAGAGUAACAAAUGGGCUUGAGAUCUCAGAUGAACAUGAGGACAGGAAAAUAAAAUGGAAA